AUGGAUAGCGGACAUCGUGUGGCAGCCUAUCGGUUCGUCGCCUAUGCGGCGGUCACAUUUUCUGUGGUUGCUGUGAUGUCCGUCUGUGUCACCCUUCCGAUGGUUUACAACUACAUCCACCAUGUGAAACGAUCAAUGCGUCAAGAAAUUGUUUUCUGUAAGGGCUCAGCUAAGGAGAUCUGGGGCGAAGUAACGCAUAUGAGGAGUGUUUCCGCAGCAAACGGAACCACCAUACGUCAUACCAGAGGAAUAGGCGGUGGUGGAGGUGGAGGUGGUGCAUGUGACGCAUGCUGUUUACCAGGUCCACCAGGACCUCGAGGUUCACCGGGUAGACCUGGCAGACCAGGUGCUCCUGGUGCACCUGGAAUGCCAGGAGCUCCUGGACGCCCACCGGCUCAAGCAUGUGAGCCCAUCACUCCCCCGCCAUGUCAGCCAUGCCCACCAGGACCACCCGGACCACCAGGACCACUGGGACCGCCGGGAUCACCUGGAGCACCUGGAGCCGCUGGCGCGGCAGCUGGUCCUGCACCACCAGGACCCCCUGGACUCAAAGGGCCACCUGGAUUGCCUGGAAACCCUGGAGCGCCCGGUAUGCCUGGAGCACCAGGAGAAAAUGCCGUGGGAGGCCCUAUUCUUCCAGGACAACCAGGUCCAAUGGGACCACCUGGACCCAUGGGACCGCCAGGGAUGAACGGAAAUCCUGGAGCACCUGGACAAAUGGGACCACCCGGACCAAGAGGACCACCUGGUCCCAGCGGAAUGCCUGGACCACCAGGACAACCAGGCCCACCGGGAAUGGCUGGUGCACCUGGUCAAGCCGGUAACCGUGGUAUCUGUCCGAAAUAUUGUGCUAUUGACGGUGGAGUAUUCUUCGAAGAUGGGACACGUCGUCGUUGA